CUGAUGUGUACAGCAGGGUCCAGUGUUUGGUUUCCUUUAAAUGUCCAGGAUGCUUCGCUCGUGUGCCGCAAUGAAACAGAGUCUUGCCAACGUGGGUUGUCUGGCUGUGGACGUUUUCACCACGGGCCAAAGGGACGGCGCUCGGAGAACGCUCAUCCUCCUCCUGACCUGCAGCGUCUCCAGCCUGCUGCUCAGCGGCCUGCUCCUCCUGUACCUCCUCUACACCCUGGACUACGAGACGACGGUGGCCGGAGGGAUCACCGGCGGCUUCGGGACGCUGCUCACCGUUGCGCUCUUCUCCUCCAAGAGAGUGAGAUGCUUGGGGACUCUCUUUGUGAUCUCCAUUUUCAUGAAGAAGAGUCGGAACUUGCUGCUCACGGCGGGGACCAGUCUGGUGGUCCUCAGGAACAUCCGCAACACCUUGGACAACCUCGCGGGCCUCCUCAGGAGCAUGAUCUGCAACCUCAAGGCAAAGAAGUCGGCCAUCGCCGCGCCGUUCAGCAACUAUGUCAAGAUGUUGAAGUGGAUCGGACACAUGCUCAAAGGCAUUACGGACCUGGGGGUGGUGAAAUUUGACUCCCAGCUCAAGGUGUCGCCCAGAUUGGAAUCAGAAAAAUUCAGGGAGAAACUGGUGGAGGCGGAGCUGAGGCUGAACGAGACGGUGAAAUAUGCACAGUCCCUCGUGAGGACGGUCUCCUCCGUGACGGACAGGAUGUUCCCUGCCGUCAGCUUCCUCGUGCUCAUGCUGUUCAUCGCCUUGCACAUAAAGAGAUACUGCGGCGACCUGAGAUAUGAAAACAGGUUCAUCAGCGGCCGAUUCGUCCGCUUUGACGAGAGGCAGAAGGCGGAGGCGAAGCCCCACGUCCUGCCCCUCACGCCGGAGGAGAGGAAGCUGUACACCGCCAUCCCCUCGGCCCGUCCCACCUCCAGGGAGAGCAGAGCCGUAAUGAAGUUCGGCGUUUCCGUCGUCGUCCAUUUUGUGGCUUGGGUCAUAUUCAUAACUGUGGACGCCUUGUUGUACUGCUGUGUGGAUAUUGUGACAACGAAGUUGUACGAGCUGGAGCCAUUCCACGUCCCCCUGUUGAUGAGCAUCAAAGGGAUCGCAACUUUAAUUGGAAUUCCAUUCAGUGAGGAGAAUCACCGAAAAGAUUUCUCCUACUCUGUGACCUUGUUCGAAAUGGAGUGUCUUCCCAAACCCAAGCUGCUGCUCCACAACUCCAUAGUGCCGCUGGCUGUCAUCCUGCUCGUCCUGCUCGCCAUGACCUUGGCGGCCGCCAAAAUGUCCCAGCUCAGGCUCCUGGUCUGCGAGCGAUUCUUCUCCGACGCCGCGGAGGCGAGAGUGGAGCACCUGCACGCCAGAAUCCUGCGCAAGAGAUCGAAAGGGAGGCGGGAGGGAAACGGCUGCAGCAUCACAUCGCUCAUCGUCAAGCCACAGUUCUGGUGUCCGCUGCUCUUUCGACCCAGGGAGGAUCCACCGAGCAUCGUGUGAGGAGGACAUAGACGUUGAACUGCCACGAUGUUAGUGAUGCCUCCGGCCCAGCGCCACCACGACUUUGACAUUUUUUGGUGUUUUAGUGAAAUGUCUCAACAGCUAAAUGGUUUGAUUGCCAUGAAAUAUUCAUCGUGUCCAGAAAUGAAUCCUGGUGAUCGCCUGGAAUAGGUCAAGGUUCUCACUCAUCCACUGUGUUGCGUUGAGUUGUUUGAGUUGUAUUUCUAAUUGCCAUUUUGAUGGAAUUAACAUUACACCAUGAGGUAUGGAAUACAAUAUUCACUAUUAUAGUCACAUUGUAAUUCAAUCUGAGCUAUUUCAUUUCAUAUUACAUAAUGUGCGGAUCUGUCGGUUGACAAUAGUGGUCACCAUGGAGAACGGUUUACAGGAGGGGAACACUUUCACAUUGUUAAUAGCCAGCCAAUUACGGACGGCAGCUCAUCGUAGAGCACUCGGCAACUAGACAUGUGAGUUGACUUGACAGACGAUACAUAAAUCAUGAUCAUCUCAUAACAUAUCCGUAAUCCCCAGGAUAAGGGCAUACACAGUGUACAGCAUAUCUUUACAAUUAAUAUAGCAAGAAACAAAAAUAACCAGAUAUUAAAUCAAUCGUAAAUGUGUACCAAGGUUCUCUCCCUGGGUUCUCUCCGGCUUCCUCUCGCAGUCCAAAGACAUGCAGAUUGGUGAAGGGUUAACUGGAGAGUCUUAAUGUGAGAGUGAAUGGUUGUUUGUCUCUGUGUGUUGGCCCCCGUGAUGAGCUGCCCCCCCGCCUCUUGCUCUAAUGUCAGCUGGGAUUGGCUCAAGCCCACCUGCCGCGACCCUUCCAUGGGAGAAAGGCUCAAGCGGUAUACGUAGAUGGAUGGAUGGUAAAUGUGCUCUGCUUUCAAGAGUUGAAAUAGACAAUCAAACAUUCAGUGAUUAUUUACUGUAUUUAUAACAGACAGAGCACCAAACAUAGGGAGCCAAGCUAAUUUACCCUCCCCUCAGUGUGUAACAGCAAUAUUUGAUCACAUAACCAAAGAUAGAUAAAGUCCUGUGUUUAUCUUCUUCCAUGGUGGAUUAUGAUUUUUUUUUUAAAAGUUCUUUAAUGAUGACUUAUUACAUGUACAACUGCAGACUUGGUGAUUUAUUAAAAGGCAUUAGGAAUAUUUGUACACGUUAUGAGUGUCCCUGCAUUGUUACUGGUGUUAUUUUGUUUUAUGGGCCCAGUUUUACACAAAAAAUCCAUUAGGGCACAAUUCACCCUUCUCAUCAGACAAACUCAGUCUCUGUUGAUUGAGUCCAAUCGUGCCGGUCGGGUCCCACACCAUCGCGUCCACUGCCAGAGAGCAGAGGAGGCGGUGCGGCAGCUCGAGGAUGAGCGGGCCUCCUGUGACUCACACGCCGCCACUGACCCGUGUGGCAACCUGAUAAGCUCACAUUAUGUCUCCACUGGCCCUGUGGCAUAAUACCACGCCAGCAUGCCAGCCCAAUAGGAGGCUGCCGCCACAUGAUGCUCAGUGACAGCCACAGACCUCCUUUUUCUCGUUCUUUUUUUUUUUUUGUUACCAGGAAAGCAAUGAGCGCGGGGCAUACAUGGACAAAG